GAAUUUUUCUUUUGUUGUUUCUUCGCUUUAGAAACCGCUAGAAAUUUUGAGUUGCCUGAAAACGUGUGUUACUGAUAUCGUGUCUUUCUCGGUGAUCUCGCUGAAUUUUCAUUGAACAUGAGUGGACAAGGAGCUGAAAUUCGACCUCCACCUAUUACUUGGGCUCAAAGAAGACAUCUGCUUUACUUAACUAUCAAUGUUACAGAUUGUAAGAAACCUGAUAUUAAGCUAAGUACUGACAAGUUAUAUUUCAGGGGGACAAAUGGUGAAGGACAGGAGUAUGAAGUUACUCUGGAAUUCUUAAAUGAAGUUAAUCCAGAUACUUCAAAGCAGUCUGUAAAAGAUCGAGCCAUUGAUUUCAUCAUCAUGAAGAAAGAGCCAGGACCAUACUGGAACAGGCUUUUGAAAGAUAAUAAAAAGUAUCACUGGCUUAAAGUAGAUUUUGCAAAAUGGAAAGAUGAAGAUGAUCAAGAUUUUGAUUUAAAUGAUGAAUCAGAUUUUGAGGAGAUGAUGAAACAAAUGGGAGGUUUGCAAUCAUCAAGUAAUGAUUUAACUGAUCUGGUAGAUGAAGAUUAGCUGAGAUAGUUUUUUUUAAAAAAAACUAAUCAUUUGUACUCAAGCUGUUACAGAUCAUCUUUAAGCCGAUUCUGAUGAUGAUGAUGAGAACAUUUAGUACUCACAUUUUAUCAUCCCAUCUGUAUUAUUUACACGUUUCUUACUUAAUUUUAUGUGUACAGUCUCAUCUGUGAAAUAAAAUGUAACUAGAAUGGUA